AUGGCAGUAAAUAAAUAUCUUGAUUUGUAAGUUUGCAAAUAAAUAUUAUUUCUUAUAAUAAUUAUUGGCUAAGAUUGGCCUCUACUUUCUAAUAAUAAAUUUUACUUAAAUUUAUUAGUUAAAAUAUUAAUUAAAGGUUACAAGUUGAUUAUUUGCAAAUACAAAAUGUCUUCAUUAUCGCCUUUAGAUAGGUACCGCUUAGAGUUAUAAAACAAAUAAAAAGGAGUUUAAAUUUUUGAUUUAGAUGGCAAGCUAACUCCUGAAGCAAUUCAAAUAUGCAAAGAGAUAUAAAUAAAAUAAGAAGACUUAAUUCCGAAAACUAUAGAAUAGUUUAUGUAGCCAAAUUAAAGCUAAGAUGUAGCUCAAUUGCUGCUUAACCAUUAUGAAAAAAGAAGAUAAUAUAGAAUAAAGUAAAUAAAGAAAUUUAUCAUGCAAAGAGACAGAGAUGAUUAGUAUUUUAUGAGUCAUUAAGUUAGCCCAACUAAUAAUAAAUUAAAAAAUUUGAAAGAAUCAUCCAGUCCAAAGAGCACUGAAAGACAUAAAGAAAAGAGAGUGAAGGAAAUAAUUGAUCACAUGGAUUAUGAAUAAAAACUUAAAUUGGUGAGAAGACUUAUGAAAUAUGAAAAGCUAUAGCAUAUCAAGCAAGAGAAAGAGUAAAUGGAAAAAGAAAGACUUGAAUAAAUUGAAAAUGAAAGAGUUGAAAAAGAAAAAAAAUUUGAAGAGCAGAUAAAAAUUAAUGAGAAAAAAAAGAAAGAAGAAUAGGAGAAACUGCAUAAAAAAGCUGAAAAUUAAAAAUAAGUGCAAGAACACAUUAAAAAUUUGCAAGAGCAGCAAAUCGAGGAAAGGUCUAGGUUGUAAAAUACUUUCUUUUAGGAUAUUAGUGAAAAAAUAGAAAAAGACAAAGCAAAAGAAUAAGAAAUAUCAAAAAGGAAUUACCAUUUGUAUCUACAAAGAAGUGGUGAAUAACGUAAAAGAGAAUUUAAUUAAAGAAAGCUGCAAGAAUUAUGGUUAUAACAAUCAAAUAUGUCAUUUAAUUCUAUUGUAAAUGACAUCAACACUAAAAAUAUUAAAAAAAAUAACUAAAUUUUGGAUAGGAUUCGCUCUCAUUCUACCAAAAAUGAAUAUUGGAAGGAAGUUAUCCAAAAAAAUCAAUAAUAAAAUUGGGAAAUAGAUUUAAUGAAUAAAUCUGUUUGUAUGGAAAGAUUUAUUGCAGCCAAAGUAGCUUCUCCAAGAUUGAGAGACUUUUCCAUACUCUCAAAGAAAAGAGAAGAAAUGCAGUCUAGUGCAUAGAAAAGGAGGGAAGACAUGGGUAAGCAGGAUCUAAUUAAAAGAGAUGAAAUGUUGAUAACUUUAAGAUCUAAAAUGCAGUCUGCAGAUAAAUCCAGAUAUAACUCCAAUAUAGUUUAAUGCCAAAAGAAUAAUAUACAAAAACAAUUCUAAAGGGACGAUGUAGUUGAGAAUCUCAAAUUCCACUAAUUUUCUAUUAGAUGUUAACGUGAGAAAGAAAUAAGAAGAACUAAAUAUAAGACAAUUAUGGCUGAAAAAAAGAAGAAGCUAAAAGAAGAUAUUUUGUACGUUACUAACUAAGGAAUAAAAGACAUAUCUUCAUAAUUAAGAUCACAUGAAUUAGUUAAUCAUUGA